AUGGAGCUGGGCAUCAGAAACAAGCCUGCACCAAAGUCUGUGUCCAACCACUGUGAGGACUCCCUCAGCACCUUGGGCCUGAUCCUUGGCGUGGGGCUGUUGCUACUGCUCGUCUCCUUCCUUGGUUACAGCCUGGCCAAGUGGUACCAGCGUGGGUACUGCUGGGAGGGGCCUAAUUUUGUCUUCAACUUGUACCAAAUCCGGAACCUGAAAGAGCUGGAGAUGGGGCCACCUUUCACCAUCAGUGGCGACAUCAGCAGUGCCCAUGGCGGCUACAUGAAGUUCUCCAAUGGGCUAGUCUGA